AUUUUGACAAUGAUAACUUAAGUUCUACUUCCUCUAGUAUAUCAAAAGAAAAGAGAAGUGAUGUAUGGAAUCAUUUUGAUAAAUUUAAAGAUGAUAAAGGAAUUUUAAGAGCAAAAUAUCGAUAUUGUGAUAAAGGUGUAUAUAAUAUGAGUAGUUCAAAUUCUUCAACUGGAAACUUAUUCAAAUAUCUUAAAAGUUAUCCAGACAAAACAACCUCUUCAGUUAAUAAAUAA